CGGUUCUGGCGUUCGGGUGUGGAGGGGUUGUAACUGAGACCUAGCAGUGUAGCAGGUCGUCUUGCAGCCGAAACGGCCGCUUUUUUGGAGAGGAAGAGCGCAGGUUGGUUGACUGUAGCCAGGCGCUUACCGAGGGCCUGUCGUGUGCGGGCCGGGUGGUGCUAACGGCCACCACAGGCAGGUCGCCGACCCCUACUGCUCCGUCACCCUCCGGCGCGGGGCCUCCUGUUCUCCUUGGCCGGGGGGAGGCUCCUGGGAGCUCCCGGAAGGCGGGCGCGGCAAAGGGGCGGCGGGCCGGGAGAGGCGCCGGGCGGCGGGGCGGGCCCGCGGAGGCCACACCCUGAAACUACCUGCGCGGGGCAGGAAGGCCGGGCGGCAGCGCGACCGCGGCUGGACCUGCCCCAGAGCUCGGCCCGCCCCGCGUCCCCGGCGGACCCCGCCGCCCCAGGGUCCCCGGCGAGCCCCGCGACCCCGGAGUCCCGGGCCCGCCCCACGCCCUCCUCCCACCGCGGACGACCCCGAGCCCCGGCGCCCCCGGUGUCGCCCCCGCGCCCUCCGCGUCCCCAGUGUCCCCCGCGUUCCCGGUGUCGCCCCCGCGCCCCGUGCGUCCCGACGGCGAUGGGAACCAGCCGCCCGCUUGGACGACGCCUCUGAAACCGACGGCCGGCCACCGAAACCAUGAAGAGCAGCCAGGCCCGCAAGGGCGAAGGGGGCUCCAAGGACUUCGGCACGGGACUCAAGUACAGCGCGCGGCCCGAGAGCAUGAAUGGCUGCGAGGAAGGUGUGGAGUUCCUGCCCGCCAACAAUGCCAGGAAGGUGGAGAAGCGGGGCCCGAAGCGCUGGGUGGUGCUGCUGGCAGCGCUCACCGGGGUCUGCGCGCUCUCCCUCGCGGCCGGCCUCCUGGUGUGGCACCUACAGUACCAGAACAUGCGGGUCCAGAAGGUCUUCAAUGGCUACCUGAGGAUCACAAAUGAGAACUUCCUGGAUGCUUAUGAGAACCCGAACUCCACUGAGUUUGCAAACCUGGCCAACAAAGUGAAGGAGGCGCUGAAGGUGUUAUACAGUAGGGUCCCAGCCCUGGGCCCCUACUACACGGAGUCUGCUGUGACUGCCUUCAGUGAGGGCAGCGUCAUCGCCUACUACUGGUCGAAGUUCAGCAUCCCCCAGUACCUGGUGGAGGAGGCCAAACGUGCCUUGGCACAGGAGCAGAAGGUCACUCUGCCGCCCCGGGCCCGCGCCCUGACCUCCUUUGAGCUCACGUCGGUGGUGGCCUUCCCCACUGACCCCCGAACAGUACAGACCACCCAGGACAACAGCUGCAGCUUUGCCCUGCAUGCCCAUGGUGGGGAGCUGACUCGCUUCACCACACCUGGCUUCCCUGACAGCCCCUACCCAGCUCGUGCCCGCUGCCAGUGGACCCUGCGGGGGGAUGCUGACUCUGUGCUGAGCCUUACCUUCCGCAGCUUUGAUGUUGCCUCCUGCGAUGACAGUGUCAGUGACCUGGUCAUGGUGUAUGACUCCCUGAGCCCUGUGGAGCCCCGUGCCCUGGUGCAGCUGUGCGGCACCUACCCGCCCUCCUACAACCUGACCUUCCUCUCCUCCCAGAACGUCCUGCUCAUCACGCUGAUAACCAACACUGAGCGGCGACAUCCUGGCUUUGAGGCCGUGUUCUUCCAGCUGCCAAAGAUGAGCAGCUGUGGAGGCUACUUACGUGACGCCCAGGGGACAUUUAGCAGCCCCUAUUAUCCAGGCCACUACCCGCCCAACAUCAACUGCACAUGGGACAUUGAGGUGCCCAACAACAAAAAUGUGAAAGUCAUCUUCAAAGUCUUCUACUUGUUGGAGCCCAGUGUGCCCCUGGGCAGCUGCCCCAAGGACUACGUGGAGGUCAACGGGGAGAAGUACUGUGGAGAGAGGCCCCAGUUCGUCGUCACCAGCACGACCAGCAGGAUCACCGUCCGCUUCCGUUCGGAUCAGUCCUACACCGACACGGGGUUCUUGGCUGAGUACCUCCCCUAUGAUUCCGGUGACCCGUGCCCCGGGAAGUUCACGUGUAACACAGGGCGGUGUAUCGGGAGCGAGCUGCGCUGCGAUGGCUGGGCCGACUGUGCCGACUACAGUGAUGAGCUCAACUGCAACUGCAAUGCCACCUACCAGUUCACAUGCAAGAACAAGUUCUGCAAGCCUCUCUUCUGGGUCUGUGACACCGUGAAUGACUGUGGGGACAACAGUGAUGAGCUGGAGUGCCGCUGUCCGGCUCAGACCUUCAGGUGUGGCAAUGGGAAGUGCAUCCCACAGAGCCAGCAGUGUGAUGGGGAGGACAACUGUGGGGAUGUGUCUGAUGAGGCUACGUGCAAUAACGUGAGCAUCGUCACCUGUACCAAACACACAUAUCGCUGCCACAAUGGACUGUGUGUGAACAAGAAGGACCCUAAGUGUGAUGGGAAGAAGGACUGUAUUGAUGGCUCAGAUGAGAAGGAUUGUGACUGUGGGCUGCGGUCGUUCACCAGGCAGUCUCGGGUUGUCGGGGGCAAGAACGCAGAAGAAGGCGAGUGGCCCUGGCAGGUGAGCCUCCAUGUCCUGGGCCAGGGCCACGUGUGCGGGGCUUCGCUCAUCUCUCCCAACUGGAUGGUGUCUGCAGCUCACUGCUUCAUCCCUGAGAGCGUAUUCAGGUACUCGGACCCCGCCGUGUGGACCGCCUUCCUGGGCCUGCAUGACCAGAGCAAGCGCAGCGCCCGCGGGGUGCAGGAGCACCAGCUCAAGCGCAUCAUCGUCCACCCGUCCUUCAAUGACUUCACCUUCGACUAUGACAUCGCUCUGCUGGAGCUGCAGCAGCCGGCCGCGUACAGCAGCACCGUGCGGCCCAUCUGCCUGCCUGAUGCUUUGUAUGUCUUCCCGGCCGGCAAGGCCAUCUGGGUCACAGGCUGGGGCCACACCCAGGAGGGAGGCUCGGGAGCACUGAUCCUGCAGAAGGGAGAGAUCCGCGUCAUCAACCAGACCACCUGCGAGAGCCUGCUGCCGCAGCAGGUCACCGAGAACAUGAUGUGCGUGGGCUACCUCAGCGGCGGCGUGGACGCCUGCCAGGGUGAUUCCGGGGGCCCCCUGUCCAGUGUGGAGGCCGAUGGGCGCAUCUUCCAGGCUGGCGUGGUGAGCUGGGGUGACGGCUGCGCUCAGAGGAACAAGCCUGGCGUGUACACGAGGCUCCCUGUGUUUCGGGACUGGAUAAAGGAGCAGACUGGCGUGUAGAUGUGGGGCUGUCACCGGCUGCCCCAGCGUGCACACCUGCAGGCUGAGGGCAGGAUCACCAACCACACCCUGCCUCGGGGCCCCCCAGCCCCCAGACUGUGACCUGAAUCCCCAGGACUCUGGAGACAGCAGAUGGGCCCCCGUAGCCCCCACAGUGGGUCAGGGGGUACGGAGCAAGGAUACUGAUGGGGGCGGUGUUUGAGGAUACAGCCCCAGCUGGGCCGAGGCCUAUUUCUGAAGUUGGACUUCCUCUGCCUCUCCCACACGUGAGCAGCCUUCACGUUGUCUCUGGGCCCCCUGGGGUGGGGCUGGUCAGGGCCCAUGGGUCGCAGGUCCCACUCUGCAGGAAGCCCAGGCUGGAGCACCCAGGAAGACAGUCGGGUCUAAGAUUUGAAUUGCUUUACCAGCUGUGGAAUGGGUUCAGUGUGUGCAUUUGUGUGUGUGAGUAAAACAUUUUAUUUCUUUUUA